UAGGGGGUCUACAGAGGAAACAAAGACAUCACAACUAGUGAGAGACUACUACAAAAAACUAUUAUAAGGACUUGUCACUCAAUGCAAAUAAAGGCUCUUAUGUCUGCUGUCUUCAAGACUUGUUGGAAAUAUCAGGUGAACACAUGAUUUAAUUUAUAAUUAUCAUGUUAACUUCAGAUCCUCAUUUUCCAUUUUAUGACAAAUAAAAUGAAAAGCAAACAUUCUCACAUGCUCUUUACCUUAAUCGCAUGAACAACGAAGGAAAAGGAACAAGUAAUGACUAAAAGGGGAAAAAAGGAAGUGAUGAACAGUCCUUAAAAGACAUUUAAUGUGUGAUCAAGGACUGUGCUGUUUGCUGUGUAGUAGUUCAUAAUAAGGGAAGAAGAUGCAGAUUAGUUGCCUGUUGUGUGUCUAUGCCAUCUGGCUCAAAGUGUCUCCAGCUGUGAGCGAGUCAUGGAAUGCCGAGGUUCCUCUAACCGUGAACGGCCUUGCAGGUUCAUGUGUGGUAAUUCCCUGCCUGUUUAAGUACCCUGGUGCAGAAAGAAAGACUUCACACUUCAAAGGAAUCUGGUACAUGAAUUCUUAUGAGACAGUCUUCCAUACAGAAACGUCCAAAAUCAGCAGCACAUUCCAGCAGCGUACAAGCCUCUUGGGUGACCUAGGCCACCGAAACUGCUCUCUGAAAAUCAACCCUUUACGUAGCAGUGAUAGUGGCCCAUUCACGUUCCGGAUUGAGAUUGAAGAUUUUGACAAGUUCACCUUUGGUCAUAACAAAGUGUCUGUUUCAAUAAAAGAUUCCCCAGAUCAACCUACUCUGUCCAUUUCAGAAGAAAUGAGUUCAGGGAAAAAGGUUACCAUCACCUGUUUAGUGUUUCACUCCUGUCCCUCUGAUCCACCUAAAAUUACCUGGAGUCACAAAGGAUUAACCAGCAGCCAAUCACUGAAGCAAACCAAUGGCGAGUGGAAGAUUAUAUCAUCUCUGAGUUUUACACCCUCCAAAUCAGACCACCAGAAACAUCUCACCUGCACAGCUGAAUUUCUGGGAGGCAAGAAAAGUAGCAGCAUGGAGACUCUGAAAGUAAAAUAUGCUCCAGAAAAUGUUGCAGUGGUUUCAGAUUAUUCAGUGGUUGAGGGCAGUGACUUGAACAUGACAUGCACCAGUGAAAGUAAUCCUGCUUCCCACACAUACCACUGGUUUACUGAGGGGGGGACCUUGCUGUCAGAGAAACACACUUUCACAUUGAAGAAUGUGUCCAGACACAUAGGAUCUAUCUACUGUAGAGCUAUUAACACUGAGGGACAAGCCGACUCCAGACCUAUACAGCUCAAUGUACUGUUUCCUCCUGAGUUUAAAGUUGGCUCCUCUUGUACCGUGGACAUCACAGGAGUGACAUGCUUGUGUAUAGUAGACUCCCAUCCUGCCAGUGAAAUCAAGUUGUGGGGUGCAGAUCCAUCAUCCGAGCUAAGAAGAACACAUGAAGAAAAACACGGCUCUCUGACUAUAGUGACCCUACAGGGGGCGCUAGGCAUCUCUGACAUUGUGCACUGCGGGGCUACUAACAGUCAGGGGAACUACACCCUGACAUUACAAGUGCCUUACAGCCUCAUCCACAACAUCAAGGUGUACAUUUCAAUUGCUGUCGUUGCUUUAAUUGUAAUAAUUAUUGGCCUCUCAGUGUGGAUAACAAAACAAUGUAGGAGGAAUGCGCCUGAAGUAACACCACAGCCAAAGAUGGAAGUGAAUGCAACCAGUCUGUCUGAGCCUCAAAGGAAAUUUAAAGAUGUGAGCCCAAGCUGUUAUGGAAGUCAACAUGUGUAUGGCAACAUGGUAUCUGAGGGGCCAUAUGAAGAGGAGUACCCCUAUGAAUAUGAUAAUGAUUAUGAAGCAACGUAUGCUAAUGUGUGAAUUCCAAAGAGACUUUUUUGGACGAGAUGUCAAAAAUUUUUAUGUGUAAUUUAUUGUAAUA